GAGGAAGCCCGGAGGGAGGCCGACGCGGCGCACGCCGCAGCCGCCGCGGGGCAGGCCGAGGCCGCGCCAGUCCGCCCCGAGGCCCUCGCCGCGGCCGCCCUCGCCACCUCGUCGGCGGCGUUCGAGCGGUACCGCGCCUCGCUCCGGGCAGGCAACGGAGCGCUGCUCAAGCAGUUCCGGACUCUGGUGGCCUGCGAGCGCGGCCUCUCCGGCGCGGACCACUGCCUCGGCGCCCUGGGCCUGGGGCGCUGCGGCGCGGCGGUGGAGGCCCUGCUGCAGCUGGCGGACCUCUGGCUCGAGCAGCAGGGCGCGGCCGCCGCGGGGCCCGAGGGCGGCAGGGGCUCGCCCGGUCCCGCGGGGCCGCCGGAGGGCCUGGAGGCCGCCGCGUGCGAGCUGUUCGAGGAGCUGUGCGCGGCCGUGGCGGAGCUGCCCGAGGCGGCCCCGGGCCUGCAGUGCGCGAGCCCGGAGCUGUACGCGGACGCCCUGCGGGAGCGGUGGAGCGGCAGGGGCGUCAUAGCCAGCGACGGCGGCGGCCGCGGCGAGCGCUGGGCGGCGCGCGCCGCGGCCCUCUUCAGGAUGAAGGACACCAUCUCCUCCACGUACGCCUGGGCCCUGCUGCCGCGCGGGGCGCUGGAGCGCCUCCUGCGCGCCGCGGUCGAGGGGGAGGGCGGCCGCGCGGUGCCCAGGGCGGUGGACCCCAUGGCGGGCACGGGGCUGCACGGGCUGCUGCUGCGCGCCGCGGGCGCGGAGGUCGCGCUCGCAGACGCCGUGAGCGGCGGCGACACGCAGGCGGCCGGCGCGGGCCCGCACCCGCGCGGCAUCAGCCUCGGCGCUGCGGCGCUCGGGCCGGGGGAGGCCGCCGUCCUCACGCCGGGCAUCGUGCCGCUGCUGUGGCAGCCGGUGGAGCGAGUGGACGUCCUCGAUGACGGCGAGGAGGCAGCGGCUUGGUGGCGGAGGCAUUGCUGCUCUGGUCCUGGCACGCUGGUGGUGCCCAUCCUUUUCCUGUCCUUCCCGCCGCCGCCGCCCUCCACGGUCGCAGAGGCCGCGCUGAGGAGGUUCGUUGGCGACUGGGUGCUGUUCGUGGGCGAGUGGCGCGGCUGCACCGGGUCGGCCGCUUUCUUCGAUGCACUGGACGCCGGCUGGGACAUCGCCCGGGAGGAGGUUUUGCCACGCUGGCCCAUGAUGGACGACAAGGCCGUGUUGCUGCGCCGCCGCCCCGCGGCGCACAGCGCGCCGCACGCCCACGCGCCAGGAGCGCCCCUGAGGGUCUCGCACUCUCCUUCGGACAAGCUGGAGGUAGCGGAUGUCUGGCUCGUGGACGAGGAGAGAGGCAUCUCGCUGCGCGUGCUCGCGAAGGCAGGCGACGGCGGCGGUGGCGGCGCCACGCCCACGACGGACGGCGCCGUGGCGCCCGGGGAGACUGGCGCUGUGCUGUGGGGCGCCUCGCGGGUGUUGGUGGACUACCUGCGCCGGGUGGACACCAGGAUCCUGGGGCGUGCCGAGAGCAUCGUCGAGCUGGGAGCCGGGUGCUUCGGCCUGGUCGGGGCGUACCUCCGGCACCGGCUGCGCAGCAGCAAGAUUGUGCACACGGACCUGCCCCACGUGAUCCCGAGACUGCACGAGA